AUGUCGUCGACUAACUCAUACAGCUCUUCGUUCCAUAGUCUGCGGGGAGGCUCAUUUGCAACCAUGAACUGUCAUUUCAUAGAUAAACCUAUGGGCUGGCAUACAUUUGAAUGCUGCUAUGAAUUGGAUGAAAUAUUUCCAAUAUUUGAUGAUUCGCAGAGAAUUAAUAUAGAGAAUCAAUUUCAACGUGCUUUGUUAGCAAUGAAACGAAGUUUAUCCGAAAGUGAAAUGUUUAUAGAAAACAUUUGGGUGGAUGAAUCUUUACCUCUAGAUGGAUUUGUGGCAAGCAAUCGAAAGAAAGUCGUUAAUGAACAUUAUAAAGCAACUAUAUUUUUACCAGUGAAAUGUCAUCAAUAUAAUGAACACUCGGUCAAAGUACGAAAAUUUAAUGGCACGAUUCGGCUUUCUGGAAUUAUAUUUUCUAAAAUUUGGUGUAGUAAUAGGAACACGUUAGGUGAUGUUAAGCGAUUUGUACAGACUGAUAUUUUACGUUCAUUAGCAGCAAGAAUUCAAGUUUACUGUGAUGGAUUAACCGAUUCUCAUGUUACCAACGACUCUGUAUUUAUAAGCGAACCUCCACGACGUGUUUUUUUCAACUUAUUUGCGGAUGGAACAGUCAAUCCAAUUCAAUUUUCAGAAUAUAUAUUUCGAGGAGAAGCUCCAACCGUGGCAGUGGCUCAAGCUAAACAAGUUCUCGAUUUGGACAUUAGUUUAGAAAAUAUAAUUGCAGACUUAGAGGGAUUACCCGAUGAUGAAAUAUUUAGUGAUGUGUCCUUAUCGAAUUUACAAAAAAAUUCUGCACAACCUAUAGUUAAUACAGCGAAAUACUUAACUCGUUCCAUGUGCAUACUAAGUAUAACCAUAUCUCUUUUAGUGCUUUUAUGUUCUAUUUGGCUGCAUUAUUUCUUUGCUUAAUUACCAGUAUACCUAAUGAGAAACUUUAAUGUAACUAUACCUUCCAUCUAUAUAAAGUAAUUUUCAUUUAAAAACAUGUUCAUUGUAUUAUGUCUUGUAAAUAAAAGAAUCGUUGUGUUUUUUAUA